GCUGUGAUGAAAAAUACACCCCCCGCCUCGGUCUCCACAAGUUUCCAUCCUCUAGUGUCCCAAGGCUGCCUAUAAAGAGAGGACACAGCCCGGACCCCAGCAGGAGGCUGCAGCUUCAAGUCUCCGAGUCCAGCUCCACUGGGCCCACCUGACUCUCUUUCAUCGCCCUGCAUCAUGGAGGUCCCCGGGGCCGCCCUGGCUGUCCUGCUGCUCACCGCGGCCCUCUCUGCCCACACCUGCUCUGCCACCCUUGGUGCCAACACCCCGACCGCCUGCUGCUUCUCCUUCGUCUCCCGGCAGAUCCCGCGCAAAUUCGUGGACGACUAUUAUGAGACCAGCAGCCAGUGCUCCAAGCCCGGCAUCAUCUUCAAGACCAAAAGAGGCCGGCAGGUCUGUGCCGACCCCAGUGAGGACUGGGUCCAGGAAUACAUCACCGACCUGGAGCUGAAUCCCUGAGUGGCCUGGGAGCUGCAGGGAAGACGUUCCCUCUAUGGACAGUCGGGGAAGCAGGGCGAUGACCCUGGGACUCCAAAAGGCACCUCUUCUGUGGGUCACACCCCAUCCCCAGCCACUCACUUCACUUUAAUGUCUCCUAUUUAACUUUUGUCAUUUAUUUCCACCGUGGAAGUGUGUGAUGUCAUGAAUAUCUGCUCUGACCCCCUCUUCCCCACCCAUCCCUCCCCCUUCCUCGGUAACUGUCCUCACUCUCAGUACGUGGAUCAAUCAGUGUGAUUGGCGCUCUCCUGGCACCACUCGUAUAUUACAUGCCAAACAACAAAUGCUGGUUGAGUGGUUUUGCCCAGGACUGUGAUUCAAAAUAUUGAACGCUCUUCCAUAAAAGGUAAACCAGC